AUGAUUGAAGAUGUGCUGAAUAUGGUCGGCCGGCUUUUUGUGGUCUCGAACUCCAAGAAUGUUUUGCAGGCAGGGUUGAGCGAGCUCCUAGAAGUAGGUCUGAGUGGCCUGGUCCAUGUGCUCCAGGACUACCCGAACCUCUUGCCCAACUUCGUGGCCGUUUUACUUGGACAAAGCCCUGAGUACCGGCGGCGCUUGUUGGACGAGGCCGCUGACUCGGAGAGCCUCGUUGGACUGAGCAGGUCUCCAGGUGGCGAGAGGGCGCGGCGGAGCUACGUGCAGGGCAAUAGCACCAGCAUGUACGAGGAAACCAGUCUCCCGGAGGUCUGGCCUCACUUGGACAUCGCCCGCACGCUGGCCAUGCAAAUGGAGGCGCUCCGCGGAUCCGCGGCGCCGGGCGGAGUGCGGAGUGCGGCAACGCAGUUGGUGAAAGUGGAUGAAGAACACUUGGAGGUGCUCAGUGCCAGUUUACCAUUCUUCUUCGAAGAUGAGGAGGCUGAUGAGUGGCUCCACGUUUUUGACAAAGUGAAGCAGCACCUUUUCACAUCCCUGGUGCAGCGCCCAGUGAAGCGGGUUGGGACACAAACAUCCGGGUUGGAGGUGUUUUUCCAUCAUUUCAACUGA